GCAGGAGUAAACUAUUUCGCAAAGAGGUGUUACUGUGUGUAUCUUGGUUCUCUAUAUAUAAUAUUUUGAUUAAGUGUCUGAAACAAACGGAAGUACAUCCUAAAUAUAAGAAACAAUGGCGUUCAACAGCAGUGACAUUUUCAGAGUAUUCCAGCAGCUGCUUGUCUUCUUCGUUAUAACACUGAUAUUAUCAACACAGAAAACGCACGCCAAGAAUUCAAAGGACAUUCGGUGCAAAUGCAUUUGUCCGCCGUAUAAAGAGCUCGCUGGGCAAAUUUACAACAAAAAUGUGUCGCAGAAAGACUGUGAUUGUUUACAUGUGGUAAAGCUUUGGCCUGUGGCUGGAAGUGAUGUGGAGGCUUACUGUCUACGCUGUGAAUGCAAAUAUGAAGAAAGAAGCUCAGAUACUAUUCAAGUAACAAUCAUCAUAUACCUGUCAAUCCUAGGCGUGCUUCUGCUGUACAUGGUGUACCUGACACUUCUUGAACCAGUGCUGAAGAGACGCCUCUUUGGACAGUCACAGCUGUUGCAGAAUGAUGAUGAUUUAGGGGACCACCAGCCAUUUGCCAAUGCGCAUGCUGUGCUGUCCCAGUCCCAUUCUCGAGCCAAUAUGCUGAACAAAGUGGAGUAUGCCCAGCAGCGCUGGAAGAGGCAGGUCCAAGAGCAGCGCAAGUCUGUCUUUGAUCGGCAUGCUGUCCUGAGCUAAAUCUACAUCCUCGAUCAAACGUCUAACUGCAAGAAGAGAUUUGUACUGGCGUAGCAGAGUCACUGGGGCUUAAGUCUUCUAAACAGCCCGACCUCCAGACAUGCUUUCUUUCUAUCUAUUUACUUGACUUGCAUUUGCCCAAGCCAUUGCAUCUUUACUGUGUAUAUACAGUAGUGGUUGAUUAUAAUCUUAACAUGGUCCUUUUUUGGUUACCUAAUUCUUGAUUAAAGGGUCUCAGCUAGUUGUAAUUCUAAUGCUCAACACUUUGCUGAAGUACUUGUACAGUAUUGCAGCAUUUGAGGAAGUUAUUAACCAAUUUUGCACACCAUUAAAGGUUAGUGGUGUAGUAAUCUAUAAUCUGCUGUCCACAGUUUUGCCAAUUGUUUUUAUUUUGAUGGUCAUGUUUUCAGAAUCUUUUCAAGGAUGCAUUUGAAUACCUUCAAGAAAAUAGAGAUCUAAUCAGUUUGCUUGUAAUGCUAAAAAAUGGUUACCAAUGCAUUUGAAAACAAUGCACACUAUAGUUUAGGUGAGAGACAUACUGGACAUUAAAUUUAAAUCUAUAUAUAUAUAUAUCAUGUUAAAAAAAGUUAAACUAUAAUGGGGAUUUAUCUGCUAACAACACUAAAUAUUGUGAAGCUAUUUAAUUUUUCACCAUGCAACUCCUAUUGUUAAUGGCUCUAAGUACAUUGAUGCUUCCAUUGACACAUCAUAACUAUAGUACUGAAAUCACUGAUGUUUUCUUUUAAAGGCUUUUAUAAAUGUAUGUUUUGUGUAAUUGUAAUAUAGUAAAGGGGAGACAUUGCUAAUGAUUGUAUAGGAUAGCAAUUAUGACAAAGUUCCAUUUGUUUUUUUAGUUCCUCAGGAAUUGUAAAUGCCUUCUAAAUUACAAUUAAAUGCUGUAUUGUAACUACAGUUA